AUGAAUUUAAUACUGACAUUUCUCCUCAAUGGAAUAAUUGCUUGCUGUAGUGGUGAUUCUGUACACAAGACAACACCUAGGUUACUCCUGGUGUCUUUUGAUGGUUUCAGGGCUGAUUAUCUGAAGACAUAUGAUCUUCCGCAUCUCCAAGGUUUUAUUAAAGAAGGUGUGCUUGUGGAACAUGUUACCAAUGCUUUUAUCACAAAAACUUUCCCAAAUCAUUACAGUAUAGUCACAGGUUUGUAUGAGGAAACUCACGGCAUUGUAGCAAAUGCCAUGUUUGAUGCUGCUACGAAGAAAAGCUUUUCGCCGUUCAAUGAUGCAGAUGCCUUUUGGUGGGAUGAAGCCAUUCCCAUUUGGGUCACCAACCAGUGGCAAGAGAACAAAACCAGUGCUGCUGCCAUGUGGCCUGGCACGGACGUCAGCAUUCACAACACCACCCCUCAUUUUUUCAUGAAAUACAACCCUUCAGUAAGUUUCAGCCAAAGAGCAGAAAACAUCAUCAGAUGGCUGAACAGUUCCGACCCACUCGUCACUUUUGCGACUCUUUAUUGGGAAGAGCCGGAUGCAAGUGGGCACAAGUACGGCCCGGAAGAUACCAAAAACAUGUCCAACGUCUUACAGGAAGUGGAUAAACUUAUUGGCCACCUUGUUAAGAGCCUGAAGGUCUCGAAACUGUGGGAGGAAAUAAAUGUUAUAAUUACCAGCGAUCAUGGCAUGGCACAAUGUUCCCAGGACAGGUUGAUCAAACUGGAUGCCUGCGUUGAGCGACAUUCAUACAAGCUGAUAGACAACAGCCCAGUUGCAGCCAUACUGCCUCUUAUCAAUGAAACAUAUGUAUAUAAAAAAUUGAAAAACUGCAAUAAUAAUAUGAAGGUUUAUCGUAAAGAAGAAAUUCCAGACCGAUAUCAUUACCAUCAUAAUGAGCGCAUUCAACCCAUAAUCCUGGUUGCAGAUGAAGGCUGGACAAUUGUGCAAAAUGGGACCCUUCAUAAAUUAGGUGACCACGGCUAUGAUAAUGCAUUUCCAAGCAUGCAUCCAUUCUUGGCAGCUCACGGGCCUGCUUUCCGCAAAGGUUAUCGGAGGAAGACCAUGAACACCGUUGACAUUUAUCCCAUGAUGUGUCACAUCCUUGGCUUGACACCCCAGCCCAACAACGGCACCUUGAGCAGUGUCAAGUGUUUGCUAGCUGACCAGUGGUGCAUAAAUAUCCCUGAAGCCAUCGGGAUCGUGAUUGGGGUCUUGAUGGUGUUAACUACUCUGACAUGCCUUAUCGUCAUCAUGAAGAACAGAACGCCAAAUCUGCGUCCAUUUUCACGCCUUCAGCUUCAGGACGAUGAUGAUGAUCCCUUAAUUGGAUAAUCUGCUUAGUAGCUUUGGCAGCACUCCACUGGUUGUGUCUUGGAAACUGGACAUGAUGGGUAAAGUUACAUUGGAGAACAUCUUGUUAUGCACUUUAAUAAAGAUCCACCCCAAAUACUGCAGAAGAAUA